AUGGCGGCAAGCUUCCUGCGGCCGCAGUUGAUGCGCUCGUCCAAAGCUGCUUUUGAGUGCGCCUUAUGUGCUCAACGCCGCUCCACCCAAUUUGCCAGACUACGAGGUACUCGGUCAUUACGUCCACCUUUAUCGAGACUGUACGCCACGGUGUCCCCUGGUGAUCCAAAGCCGCCUCCAGAAGAUCCAGAGAAGCAGAAGAGGAAGGCAGAGAAUGCUGAAAAAGCUGAAAAAGACAAGCCCGCAGCCCCAUCUGGGAAAGAAGAUCCAAAUGCAGAGCCAGAGUCGAAGAGCGCCAGCACACAAGACUUUUCUCCCCUCACACCGGAAGAGGUCAAACAGAUCGACGAUGUUGCCCAAAUGAUCAAGACUGGUCUCCCAAAAGCGCAAGCCGACGCCGUGGAUGAAGCUGCCGAGCUUAUGAAAAAGGGCGGAAUCCCCAAAGAACUUCGAGACGUCCUGGAGGCGCGGCGGAAAGAUCCCAGCAAACGUAUGGAUCUGGGUACCACGGUUCGUCUUGUGGGACUCUUUACCAAGAUGUCACGCAUGACCCCAGAGGAGGUCCGACAAAAAUACGGGAAGAGCGAGACGCCGGAUGAAACGCCACUAUUCGAGCAGUCGAACAAGAGUGAGGAGCAGAAAAAACAACGCAACGAAAAGCAAAAACAGCAGCAGCAGGGCGGGCCCAGGAUUUACGAAUUCAAGCUCGACGCCAGCACAAUGAUUAUGACUGCCUUCAUUACCUACUACUUGUACCGUAGCCUGUACCCCGGCGAGAACAGUCGGGAAAUCACAUGGCAGGAAUUCAGGACGACAUUCUUUGACAAAGGUCUGGUCAACAAGCUCACCGUCAUCAACCGAAACCGAGUCAGAGUCGAAUUACACCGUUCCGCCGUGGCCCAGAGAUACCCAGAGUCACCUGCCGCCCAGCCGAACUUCUACUACUACUUUUCAAUCGGUUCAGUAGAAGCUUUUGAGAGACAUUUGGAUGAGGCACAGGAAGAACUGGGCAUUCCCACGAAUGAGAGGAUACCUGUGGCUUAUUCCGAUGAAGUCCCCCUCAGCGCCGCCAUCUUCUCGUUUGGCCCGACACUUCUCUUUGUGGGUGCUCUUUUCUGGCUGUCGCGGAGAGCAGCAUCUGGCGCAGGUGGCCAAAGUGGUAUUUUCGGCAUCGGCAAGUCAAGGGCGAAAAGAUUCAAUCACGAGACUGAUAUCAAGACCAAAUUUACCGAUGUUGCCGGUAUGGACGAAGCGAAGCUAGAAAUCAUGGAGUUCGUCUCUUUCCUCAAAGAUCCUUCGAAAUACCAGAGACUGGGCGCAAAGAUACCUCGAGGCGCCAUUCUGUCCGGUCCUCCAGGUACUGGUAAGACGUUGUUGGCCAAGGCGACUGCUGGUGAAUCGGGCGUUCCCUUCUUCUCAGUCUCCGGUUCCGAAUUCGUCGAAAUGUUCGUCGGUGUUGGCCCAUCCCGAGUGCGAGACCUGUUCGCCAAUGCCAGGAAGAAUGCGCCGUGCAUCAUCUUCAUUGACGAAAUCGAUGCCAUUGGCAAAUCAAGAGCGAAACAAAACUUUGGUGGUGGCAAUGAUGAGCGGGAAUCGACCCUCAACCAGAUUUUGACCGAGAUGGAUGGCUUCAACACCUCCGAACAAGUUGUCGUCCUUGCUGGUACAAACAGACCCGAUGUCCUCGAUAAGGCUUUGAUGCGUCCCGGUCGGUUCGAUAGACACAUCGUAAUCGACAGACCAACCAUGGAUGGCCGCAGGCAAAUAUUCAAAGUCCAUCUCCGCAAAAUCGUCACUCACGUCGAUAUGGAGUACCUUACCGGCCGUCUCUCAGCUCUGACGCCAGGAUUCUCGGGCGCGGAUAUUGCCAACUGUGUCAAUGAGGCUGCUCUCAUUGCUGCUCGCCAGAACGCAGCUUCGGUCGAAAUGCUUCAUUUUGAACAGGCAAUCGAACGUGUCGUUGGCGGCCUGGAGAAGAAGUCGCUAGUCUUGACGCCAGAAGAGAAGAAAACCGUCGCGUACCAUGAGGCUGGUCAUGCCAUCUGCGGCUGGUUCUUCAAGUAUGCCGACCCGCUUCUCAAAGUUUCCAUUAUCCCCAGAGGCCAAGGGGCGCUGGGAUACGCCCAAUACCUACCCGCCGGAGGAGGAGAUGUGUAUCUUCUGAACGUCAAACAAUUGAUGGACCGCAUGGCCAUGACAUUGGGCGGGCGCGUCAGCGAGGAAAUUUGGUUCGACACUGUCACGAGCGGGGCGUCUGAUGAUUUCAACAAGGUUACACGGAUGGCUACGGCCAUGGUCACUGAAUGGGGCAUGUCUCCCAAGAUCGGGUACUUGCACUAUCGCGACGACGAGCAACGGCUCCACAAGCCUUUCUCGGAAGAAACUGCUCGAAAUAUCGACACCGAAGUCCGACGCAUUGUGGACGAGGCGUAUAGACAAUGCAAAGACCUCCUCCUGGAGAAAAAGGAUCAGUUGCAGGCCGUGGCGGAGGAACUAUUGAAGAAAGAAAUGCUUGUGAGGGAUGACUUGGUCAGAAUACUGGGGCCGAGACCGUUCGAGGAUCCGGGCGACUUUUCGAAAUACUUCAACAACCAAGAAGGACAGAAAAGUGCACCGUAA